GUUAAUUAUAAUAUAACCUAAGGACUAAAAAAUAAAUUUCGCUUAGUAAAACCCUCAACAGCGAUCUGUCCGUGUCCUGAAGCAAACAAAGGAGGGAUUCAGUGCCCGUCUCCCCCGCUCCCCUCUUUCUCUCUAUCUCUCUUGCUGUCUAAAACUAGAAAGAGAAAUCAUCGAUGGAUUUUACUUCGUUUCUUGGGCGACUCCUCUUUGCCUCAGUUUUCAUACUUUCUGCUUACCAAGAGUUUAAUGAAUUUGGGGUUGAUGGGGGACCAGCAGCGAAGACUCUCAAACCAAAGCUUGAUGUGUUUACAAGCCAUGUCCACUCUCAUGCGGGCGUACAUGUACCAGAAAUUGAAAUCAAACAGUUAAUCACUACAGCUAUAGUUGUCAAGGGCAUUGGAGGCAUCCUUUUCAUUUUUGGCAGUUCUUUUGGAGCCUGUCUCCUGCUUCUGCAUCAGAUAAUUGCUACUCCAAUAUUAUAUGAUUUCUACAAUUAUGACAGUGAAGAGAAAGAAUUUAAUCAACUUUUUAUCAAAUUCACACAGAAUAUGGCACUUUUUGGGGCUCUACUGUUUUUCAUGGGGAUGAAGAACUCAAUUCCCAGGAGACAGCACAAAAAGAAGGUUACCAAAACAAAAACUUAUUAGAAAAAAGAGGGCUAUCAAUUGGUAGGGAUCUUUCUUCAUUAGGAGGUUCUUGGGGUGAUGUCCUUUUUUUGGGGUUCUCGAAACUUAUUUUCAUGAUAUUCUAGGAUCCAAUGUGUAUGGAUAAGUGCUUUUUUAUUUAUCGUUUUACACGAAAAAAAAAAAAAUUACCCUCAUUUAGUGUAUUGCUUGUAUUCAAUGGGGAUGUAUUCAUAUUUAUGAAUCUUAACCGUUUUUUGUCUUCUUAAUAUAAGAUUUGGACAUUUAGCUGA